AUGAUAUCUGUGGGUAGUAGAGAUGGAAGGAAGAGAGUAGGCUUGGGAUUAGAGAUGGAAGAGACUGAGCUUGAAGAAGGAGAGGCUCUGAGCUGUAACAAUGAAGCUCAAGAUUCCACCAUUGACCCUGAUAUUGCUCUCUCUUACAUUGGGGAGAAACUACAGAACGUAUUGGGGCAUUUCCAGAAAGAUUUUGAAGGUGGUGUUUCAGCUGAGAAUUUGGGAGCGAAAUUUGGUGGCUACGGUUCCUUUUUGCCUACUUAUCAGAGGUCGCCAUCUUGGUCUCAUACGAAAAGUCCAGCAGAAGCUCAUCAUAAUCAUGACCCACCAAGAUCCCCAAAAAGGUUACAAGUCGAGGAGCAAAGGCGAAACCCACAUGCUUCAUCAAGUGCUUCUCCGUUGGGAAGGCCCCGUGUUGCUUCAGGAAAAGCUGCAUCAAUUGGAAGUUCCACAAAAGAUAAUAACAGCCAUUUACAAUCUAGACCUGCUGAAGAAUCCGGCUUAAGAAGUGGAAAUGUUAAGAAGUCUGUAAAUCCUUCUGAUCAGAGAACCCUGAAGGUCCGGAUUAAAGUUGGAUCUGAAAAUUUGCCGACCCAAAAAAAUGCUGAAAUAUAUAGUGGUCUCGGUCUUGUAGUGUCUCCAUCAUCCUCGUUGGAUGACAGUCCUACAACAAGUGAAAGAGAAUUUGGUAAACUCACGGAGGCACCAGAGGCAUCACCCACCAGUAUUCUACAGAUCAUGACAACCUUUCCCGGUGAAUCACUUUUGUCACCUCUUUCAGAAGAUCUGACGUGUCUGACAGAAAAAAAGAAGCCUAGAGGGAAGUUCGAAACUAAAACAGUGGACAAGGCAGGCGUAGAAAGUUUUGGGAUGUUGGAAAAUGGGUCACAUUUCAGUAAGUGCAAUCAGAAAAAGGCGAAGUUGUCCGAGAAGUGUGAUGUUUCCUCUGUGGAAUUGACGAAUCAUAAAAAAUAUGGUAAUAUGGAUCACGGUAAAGGUUCUUUUGUGAAGAAGGAAAAAGAAACAGAGAUCGACACUUUGGGAUGUGAGGAUCUUGUUUCUAAUGCUUUGAAACUUCCACUUCUAUCGGAUUCUCAGAAUAACCUUUUUGAACCUGGCAAGGUAGAAACAUUCUCUUCAUUAGUGAAAGAUAAUUUGGAUAAUGAAUCUUCCCAAGCUAUUGAUGGAGUUGAGAAUUCGAGCGGAAAGCUGAGUGCAUCGGGCAAAACUUCUGAAUCUAAAAGAGGAAUCCUUGUCAGUAACAAUGCAGUUUGCCCUUCUGUUGACCAGUCCGAGUCAAUCGUCUUUAAGGGAAGAGAAAGUGAGGAAGGUUUAAAACCAGCUGUUACGAAACCAUCCACUGGGGGCAAGAAAAAACAAAAAGUGGCUUACAGUACUGGCGCUCAAGGGGCAUCUUCGUCUAAAAUUGAUUCGCGUGAUCUCCAAAAGGAUCAUAAAAAACCCAGGGACAGAUAUAAGGACUUUUUCGGGGACGUCGAAUUUGAAGAUGAGGAUAAUGAGUCGAUUUCAGGCGAAAUAAAAUCCCCAGCAUGGUUGAAAAAUCCUCCAGUUGAUGGGAAAAGAGGUUCAAGUGAUGAUCCCAUGUCGAAAGAGAAAAAUGACAUAAAUAUUUCUCAAAAGCCGCCACCACAAGUCCCGGGGAACUGUCUCGGGCCUGCUUCUCAGUCGGCCCCUCCGAAUGGAAAUGGGCUGAGUUCCGAAGCUCCAGCUGGAAGUGUUCCUUUGGUGCAGGAGGAUUGGGUCGAGUGCGAUAAGUGUCAAAAGUGGAGACUCCUACCACUUGGAACAAACGUUUCGAGUCUUCCCGAUAAAUGGAUUUGUCGGAUGCUUACCUGGCUGCCUGGAAUGAAUAGAUGCAGCAUCCCUCAGGAGGAGACAACUAAUGCUUUAAGAACCCUUUACAAUCCCGCUGCUUUAAUUCCGGGCCCUACUUCCGAGUCCCAACACAGUCAGCUUAAUAAUAACUCUGCUGUGAAUUCUAUGCAAAUUGGAAAGGCAGAUGCUAGGUAUCCAGUUCAGGAGAACCAAAAUCGUGUUUCUCAAACCAUGAUCCUCAACGGGAAGAAGAAACACGGAACAGUGAAGGCAGCAAGUUCAAACGAUCUAGAUGGUUCCACUUAUUCUUCAAAUUCACGCAAGAAGAGCCUUGGAACAUCUAGUAAGACAAGUAAAUUGAACAGCGGAAAGAAUUCACCGGUCGAGAAGUACGGUGAUCAUAAGAAAGAAAAGCCAUCACUUUCCAACUCCUCUGAUAGAGGUACAAACUUAAAAAUAAGGAGCAAGCGAGAGGCCGAUAUGGAAGGUUCUAGAGCUUCUAAGAGAAUAAAAAAUGAGGAAUUGUCUCUCGAAGACGAGUAUUGGACUUCUGACAAUGGUGGUAGUUCCUUAAAAGCAGGUCGUAUGUCUACCAGUUUAUCGAAUAAUACAUUAGGGAAUGAUAAGCGUAAAUAUAACAGCCAGACAGAUUUAAGUGAAGCCAAAAAGGAUAUGGUUCCUGGCGUAAUUGCAGAUACACACGUUCCAGGUUCCUCAGUCAAUGGUUUGCCCUUUCCAGAAAAAUGUGAUGAAAAGGAUUCUAUCAGAAAGCGGAAAGCAAAAGAACAAAAUGACCAACGGAAAGAAAAGAAAGCUAGAGUUUCAAAGUCUGGGGGGAAAGACAGCAAUGGAAGCAAAGCCACUGUAGAAACUGGGAGAAGAAGUUGGAGUCACAAAGACGAUCGUGACGGGCAAUUGUCAAAGAAUGCCCAGGCAGCAGAUUUUUUGAAAAGUGAUAUGGGUUCUGUAAAUCCUACAGUUGCUGCUAAUUCCAGCUCGUCUAUGGUAUCCGGCUCGCAUAAGAACAAAUCUAUUGGCCAGGAAGUUAGAAGUUCCCCUGUUGAAUCAGUGUCUUCAUCUCCUUUAAGAUAUCCUAACACUGAUAAAGUCGAGUCAAAUAAAAAUAAGGAGAUGAAAAAAGAUGGAGAGCUUUCUGGUGAAGAUGAAAGAGGAGGAAUGGUGAAAAAUGAUGAAAUUCUCAAUGUCAACAAUCCUGUUACCGACGUGCAUGCUGAUACAUAUGCAAGCAUAAAAAAUUCUUCCGAGCAAUACAAGGUCGAAGAAAAGGCGAGUUCACAGAAAAAAAAAUAUGGGAAGGGAUUGUCUUCACAUUUGAAAGACAAGGCUCGUGCUUCUGGAUCGGACUUGGGUAAAAUUCAAAAUUCUUCGCAUGAGUCUUUGCAUCGGGAACAUGUGUAUGAAGAGAGACCUAAGAGUAGGAAAAAUAAAAGCGAUGAUAAAUCUGGGACUCCAAGUAAAGGUGAGAAGUUUAUUGGAAAACAUGAAAUCGCGGGAGGAACUCUAAGUGAGAGCAGUAAAGGGCAAAAUCAAAAGAAGUUUGUCCAUGAGGAAAAGGAUAUCAUCAAAAAUCAGGAUAAGAAGCAUAAUGUUCAUCAGGAGCAAGCUCACGAGAAAUUACCCAGGAAAAGCAACCAGGCAGAGGCCAAUGGGAAUGGGAAAUCACACUCGCUUCCACCCUUAGCAAGAAUUUCGACUGAGCCUCUUUCUGGAGCUCAGAAAGAAAAUGGCGUGAAAAACUCGGCCCUAGAUUUAGAUAAUGGUGAAGGGCAAAAGGCACCAAAUCAGAGAAUGAAAGCUGAGAAUUCGAAUGGCCAGCCCAUGAGGCAUUCUACUCCCAAUUCUCAUAAAGUUCGCGAUAUUGAUGCUCCAAGUCCUCUUCGAAGGGAUUCGUCCAGUCACGCAGCUAACAGUGCUUUAAAAGAGGCAAAGGACCUCAAACACUUGGCUGAUCGUCUUAAGAAUACUGGAUCCACUGAAACUAUUGGAUUUUACUUCCAAGCUGCGCUCAAGUUUCUCCAUGGAGCCUCUUUGUUGGAAAAUGGAAGCAAUGAAGCUACGAAGCAUAACGAUUUAAUGCACUCAAUGCAUAUAUAUAGCAGCACUGCCAAACUAUGCGAGUUUUGUGCCCAUGAAUACGAAAGGUCAAAGGACAUGGCUGCUGCUUCUUUGGCUUAUAAAUGCAUGGAGGUUGCUUACUUGCGUGUGGUUUAUUCUUCACAUAACAGUGCAAGUAGGGAUCGGAAUGAGUUGCAAACGGCUCUACAAAUUGUUGCUCCUGGUGAAUCUCCUUCUUCCUCUGCAUCUGAUGUUGAUAACUUGAACCACCAAAUAACUACUGACAAGGCUGCCCUUCCCAAAGCUGUGGGUUCCCCUCAAGUUUCUGGAAGCCAUAUCAUCACUUCACGCAAUCGUUCUGGUUUUUUGCGUAUACUGAAUUUCGCUCAGGAUGUUAACUUUGCAAUGGAAGCCUCAAGGAAAUCAAGAACUGCAUUCACAGCCGCUACUGCAAAACUCGGUGAAUCGUCGAAUAAAGAGAGCCUCAAUUCACUGAAAAAGGCCCUGGAUUUUAAUUUUCAGGAUGUUGAGGAAUUAUUACGGCUUGUUCGGUUUGCAAUGGAAGCCAUCAACCGUUGA